AUGGUCCAGAUGUUUGGGAUUAUAAAUGCCAUGGUUGUGUUGAUCUAUGUGCAGAACAGAUGUACCGAAGGUGCUUACAUGAUCAACACCAUGUUGGAGUGUACUGAAGGUGACACGGCGUCAAGUUUUGCUGACAUCAAGAUUUGGAUAGUGACCAUCGGAUGGUGUGCAGUUAAGGUCGGGAUUCGGGUAUUCUCUUUGGGAGGAUCCGCAUCCGAAUCUCGGGUUCAUCGAUGGCAGAUCAUUCGAUGCAGGGUGGUUGCAAGAUGCCAAUGA